CCAAAAAAAAAACAAAGAAAAGAGAGAGAGGGAAGAAAAAAAAGAAAAGAGAAGGAGAUGAGAUGAGAUGCGAGAAAGCAAAGUGUCGAAGACUUUUUAGAAAGCAGAAAAGAAAAAAGCUGAGAGACUGUGCUAUUCAAAAGUGGGAAAACCCUAAGAAGUAAAUUAUGGGAGCUGUAUCGAUGGAGUCGCUUCCUCUAGGUUUCAGAUUCAGACCUACCGAUGAAGAGCUCGUCAAUCACUACCUUCGCCUCAAGAUCAACGGACGUCACUCCGAUGUCCGAGUCAUCCCUGACAUCGAUGUCUGUAAAUGGGAACCUUGGGAUCUUCCUGCUCUCUCGGUGAUUAAGACUGAUGAUCCAGAGUGGUUCUUUUUCUGCCCUCGUGAUCGGAAGUACCCCAACGGUCAUCGCUCUAACAGAGCCACUGACUCAGGCUACUGGAAAGCCACUGGUAAGGAUCGGAGUAUCAAGUCCAAGAAGACUUUAAUCGGUAUGAAGAAGACUCUUGUCUUCUACCGCGGACGAGCUCCUAAAGGCGAGCGCACCAAUUGGAUUAUGCACGAGUAUCGUCCCACUCUUAAGGACCUUGACGGCACUGCACCUGGUCAAAGCCCUUUUGUUCUGUGUCGCCUCUUCCACAAGCCUGAUGAUAGGGUCAAUGGUGUCAAGUCCGAUGAACCGGCUCCUAUCCCUUGCAAAUACUCACCCGACGAUACAUCCUCUGAUCUUGUCCAGGAAACACCUUCCUCUGAUGCUGCAGUGGAGAAACCAUCAGAUUCUUCAGGUGGAUGCGGCUAUGCUCAGAGUAAUAUUGCAGAUGGGACAAUGACUGAGGCACGUGAAGAGAAUCCAUGGUUAUCUUGUGAUCUUGAAGAUCUAAAUGCACCACCACCGUGUGUGGAUUCUACGUAUGUUGGUGAUUUCAGUUAUGAUGAGAUUGGAUUCCAAUUUCAAGAUGGUACCAGCGAACCAGAUGUAUCACUAACUGAAUUGUUGGAGGAGGUGUUUAAUAACCCUGAUGACUUCUCUUGCGAGGAAUCGAUUAGUAGAGAGAACCCAGUCGCACCAAAUGGGAUCUUUUCAUCUGAUAAGAUGCUUCAGUCUGCAGCACCUGAGGAUGUUUUCUUCAACGACUUUAUGACUUACACUGAUACAGAUGCCGAGAUGGUGCAGUUGCAGUAUGGUUCAGAUCAUGGAGCUUCUGGGUGGCCAAGUGACGAUGUAUCGGCUUACCCUGCCACUAAUUCAUACUAUGGUGAUUUCGUUGAUCCAGAGCAGAAGAUCAAUCAUAACACCGAGAACAACCUCACAGAAGGGAGGGGGAUAAAGAUUCGAGCUCGACAGCCUCAGAACCGUUCGAAUACUGGAUUAUUAAACCAGGGGAUUGCUCCAAGGAGAAUCCGUUUGCAGAUGCACUCUAGCUCUGUGCCGUCUGAUGAAAAGAAUCAAUGUGAAGUACAACAGCGGGAGGAGGUGAAUGAAGGACUCUCUACUAUUCCCGAGGCCAAAGAAGUUGCAGUUAAAGACUCAGAGAAGAGCGAUUCCUUGGUCAAACCUCAAAUAAAGUUCAGGGCGAGGGGAACUAUAGGACAAGUAAAAGCAGGCAGACUUGCAGACAACGAGGUAAGAACAAGUACAAAUGCAGAGCAGAAAGAAAAGAAGAGAAGGGAAGAAAUGGAAGGUGGUUGCAACGGUGAUAGUGGCAGUGAUGGUGGGAGUAGGGGUGGGUAUGUGGAGCAGACUGGUGGGUUCAUAACACAUGAAACAGAGAGGCUGAGGAGAAUCCAAGUUUCGUUUAAUAUUGUAUGUAAUUAGGGAUGAUGUAAUGUUAGCAUCAUGUUGUUUUUUUUUUUUUUUUUGUGUUGUAACUUGUAACCUAAACAUAUACUAUGUAUGUAGGAAAAUGUGUGUACUUAUACAUAAGCGAUUAUAGUUAAAGA